UGGGGUGUGGGUGUAAGGUAUGGGGUAUGGGUGUGAUUGUUAGUGGUGCGUUCAGCCACACUCACACCGACAUCCACAACCGAUGCCCACACCCAUGCCUCACACCUACGCACUCAUAUCACACGCCCGCACACGCAUCCAAACCGUCAACGACGACAAAGUCCAAAGUAAAAAUGCAUGUGGCUACCUAUAGAUUGUGACUUUGAUUUGAUGAAGGUGCAAACUUUUGUAAGCUGCCUAUAAUAAAAGUACAAAUAUUAAAAACAAAAUUUGUCCUUGAAAUUGUUGUAGGCUGUCAUUACAUAGUAAGUCGAUGAUUGACAAUAACAAUAUUCAUGUUUCGAAUGAUAGGACGAGCGUAUUAAAUGCUUAUAUCGCAGAAGCAAUCCUAUAUCGCUUUUACGACGCUUUUUUUUCUAUAAAGAUUAUUUUGUCGGAGAAAAGUUAAGUGCUUAGAGAAAGCAAUGGAGCAAUAUCAAAUUUCUAUUUAUCGAAAGAAUAGGUGGUGCGAUUCUUCACGUUCGGCGAAUACGAAAAACAUUAUCUCUUCAUGGUAUAUAAAGAUGGGUACCGCCGCUAUUCUGCCUAAUUUUAAAGCAAGCGAUGGUUUCAACAGUAAUUCGUUGUUUCGUAUUCAUUCUAUUCAGGUUUGA